CCUGCCACUGCCAUGGCAUUUCCCCAUUUGUUUCUUUGCUUUGUUUUUGAUAUUCCCCCUUGGCAUGGUCUGCGAGCAUAUCUGCAUUGCAAUAGGCAUCACGCAUGCGUGCACAUACGGAAAUUGUGCUCUCUGGUAUACCCACACCUACACCCCUCCACGCACGUCUCCAGCCGGACCGUCAUCGAGACUGGAAUCCGGACGAUUUGCGACUUUUUUUUCCCCGGCGUUUCAAGGCAUACGGGAAACCCAUAAUUCCCCGACCACCCAAGUUUUUUCGCCCACCCAUCUCCCCUUCUUUUUGUUUUCCCCUGGAUCUCUUAAUGGCGGGCAUUGUGCGCGUAUGUAUGUGUUUUCCUCGUUUGUGUUUUUCCCUUUCCCUUUUGCAUUUCUUGCGCGGGGUUCUUUGGAUGGAUGGAUGGAUGGGUUCAGCAACAAACAUGAAUGAUAUCAGAAAGCGAGGCUUUGGUUUUCUCAUUUGUUUUUUUUUUCUUGUCAACUGGAAAGAAAUGCCAGAAGGCGAUAUUUUCAAUUCCAGAGAGGAAGGGAUGAAGGAAGAGAGGGGAUGUGUGAGAGAAGGAGAGAAAGAUGAAAUGAAAAUGGAAUCAUGAAACCAAAAAAAGACAAAAGAAAUAUCCUCUCCGAUCGAAGUUUUCCCUAAUACCUACCAGAGAUGCGAGUGAGUCAGUACGCUGUGGACUGAACUGACCUACAGGUAUACCUCCAAUCCGCCAUGAAUAACCUUUCAAUGGAGAACAGAUACUCAACUCAUGGGCACCAUUGGUCAGGGUGAGAAUUC